GUACCUGCGAUGUAAAAAUCACCAAAACUGAAUCAGCGACUGUGGGCGAGAAGAGAUCUCUUAGUCAGCCCCUUAACAACGUUCACACCGCUACCCCUGUUUACUGCCAGUCUUUCAGGCCCUAGCAGUGUCAACUGACUCUGAUUGUUGGCCACCGUGUCUUACUCAGACAAUCACCAUGGCUCCCAAAACGCGGGCAACGCGGGCGUCGACAUCCCGUUCCUCGAAGAACCGUAAACCUCCCCACGGCUCAGAGGCUUCUGACGUUGAAGCAGAGCCUCAGCGAAAGUCUCCCAGAAAGAGAGCUCGAAAAGUCGAUAACUCGGACGAGGAAGAGUUGAACAGCGACGUGCUGGACGACGACUCGGAUAAUAAACCGAAGAAACGAAAAAAGGACCCAAAGAAGAAGCGAAAGGUUGCAGACGACGAAGAUGAAUGGUCGGAAUUGGAGCUUGAAGAGGGCCAGGAAGUUGUUGGUGUAGUCAUCGAUGCGCCCAAGACAGGGCAAGUUCGCCCCGGUCAGGUUUCUCAAAAUACCCUAGACUUUCUGGCGCAGCUGAAGAAACCAGAAUGUAAUGACCGUGAAUGGUUCAAGCUGCACGAACGCGUGUACCGUCAAGCAGAAAAGGAGUGGAAGGAUUUCGUCGAGGCUUUCACUGACAAGCUCAAUGAAGUCGACGGGGAAAUACCGCCAUUGCCGCCCAGGGAUGUGAUUCAUCGGAUAUACCGUGAUAUUCGGUUUAGUAAUGAUAAGACACCAUAUAAGAUGAAUUUCUCGGCGAGCUUCUCUAGGAGUGGUAGAAAGGGCACGUUCGCCGCAUAUCACAUAUUCCUUAAGCCUGGCGGUGGAAGCCUUUUAGCUGGUGGACUCUGGUGUCCCGGCAGAAACGAAUUAGCAACCAUAAGGACCAAUAUCAAACGCAGUUCUUCCCGACUAAGAGACAUAAUCUCUUCUCCUGAAUUUGUCAAGUAUUUCGGAGAGCCGAAACCAGGAACGAGGGAAAACAUCUUUGGGAGAGAAGAUGAAUUGAAGGUUGCACCGAAGGGGGUAGACAAGGACCAUCCAGAUAUUGAUUUGCUCAAAUGCCGUUCGUUCGCGGUCGUCCACUAUUUCACGGAUGAAAAGGUACUCGAUCCCAAUUUUGCCCAGACACUUGCGGACGUUGCGGUUGUUGUCAGACCACUGGUUCAUUGUUUGAAUGACUUGAUGUCUGUGGAUCAUGACUCUGACGAUGAUGCAUAAUGGUUGACACAGAUGCCUUGCCAAACAUGUCUUUUGUAACCCUUCUUGUUGUAUAUUACAGUUAGCUAAUUAUGCAUUUUGAUUAUUCGGUCGAAGCAG